CUGAACCGGAAUUGAUUACCAAAAACAAGUAACAGAAUAAGCGUUGAUAUUAUAAUAAUUUACUUUUUGUUACAGCAAAACUGAGGUGUCGUAAGAAUGAAGUUCUCGUAAUGAACCCGACGCCGUGCGCCGACCGCGUCUGUCCUCGAAGUCUGAAAGCGCUGCGUGAAGGCUGCAUCACUCAUGCCAAUAUCAAGCUGCCACCUAAAUGCGUCUGCAGGUUUAACUACAGCCGCGACCGACGGGGGAGGUGCAUUCCCACACAUUCUUGCCCUCCUAUCGCAUGCGGGCACAAUGAGAUAUUCGACGCAUGCCCACCUCUGUGCCCCAGUGAUGACUGCAGUCAAGCAACGCCAUCAGGCAGAUGCCCAAUCAUUGGCCGCAUAGGUAUCGUGGUGCAGUGCAAACCUCAGUGCCGCUGCGCCUACCAUUACUGGCGUAAGGACAACAUCUGCGUGCCUUACGAACAAUGCAAUAUAACACCUAUUAUAAGAGAACCACGUUCGUGUAAUGCUACUACGGAGAAUAUUUAAACUUUUGUAAUCUUUGUGUUAAUUUACAAUACAAACAAUAAACUAUUUUGC